AUGAAGGCAUCAAAGAAUCCCCAGCCUGUCUCGGCUGACCAUGAUGAAGAUGUUCAGACUGUUCAAACAGUCACUCGACCUGAAUAUUCUAAGAAGGGCCUCAUCGUCGGAGGAAAAUAUCGUGACGAGCUGUCCGAGGAACAAUCACAACAAUAUGACCGUCUACUACAAGAGGUCGACAUCGACUUGCCUCUCACCGUGACUAAGCCUACCGAACACAAUGGACAACAAUUCAUCAUCCUCGAGUUUGUCGAGGCAGACAAGGAGAACCCUUUCAACUGGAGUGGAGGUUAUAAGGCUUUCAUUAGUGCCCUGCUCUGUCUGAUGACAUUGUUCAUCGGUCUCGCCACAACAGCCUAUAGUUCCGGAAUCUCGCGCAUGGUAGAGGACCUUGGAACUACUAACGAGAUUGGUCAGCUUGGAUUGUUCUGCUUCAACUUCACCUGUGCCCUGGCUCCUCUGUUCCUGGCUCCAUUCUGUGAGCUUGCUGGUCGCCGAGUCGUCUACGUCGGCGCCUACGUCUGCUUUGCUCUCAUGUUCAUCGGUCUCUCUCUGGGCAAGAACAUUGCUACCAUCCUUGUCUGCCGUUCUCUGCUCGGUCUCUUCGGUUGCGUUGGUACUAUUCUUGUCGGCGGUACCUUCGGUGACAUGUAUACCCCCGAGCACCGUGCCAUCCCUAUGGCCUCAUUCUCUUUCGUUGCCAUCUUCGGUACCGUCGCCGCCCCAAUCUACGCUGGUUUUAUUGAUCAGGCUUUGGGCUGGCGCUGGGUUGAGGGCAUCCAGGGCUUGGCCAACAUUCCCCUCGUGAUCAUCAUCGCUGUCUUCCUCAUCGAAACUCGUGGAGGUGUAGCCCUCGCCAAGCGUGCAAAGGCUCUCCGCAAGUCUACUGGUGAUGAGCGUUACGUCACCCACAACGACCUUGAGGCCCCUGGUAUCAAGCAAAUGCUCCACAACUCGUCCGUCAAGGCCGUCAAAAUGCUGUUCACCGAGCCCGUGGUCUUUGCCUUUGGUCUCUGGAUCAGUUUCGCUUGGUUCCUUGCCUUCCUUUUCCUGUCCGUGAUCCCCAUCACCUUCCAGGAGAAGCGUGGCUGGAGCGAGGGUGUCUCUGGCCUUCCUUACAUCUCUCUCUGUAUCGGAACCACCAUCGGCUUCGCUUUGAACUUCCUCCAGAUCCGCAAGUACAAGGCCUUGACUGCCGACCCCAACCGCGUCGUUGACCCCGAGUCCCGUCUGUACGGAGCCCUCUGCGGAGCUGUCUGGCUGCCUAUUGGUCUGUUUAUCUACAGUUUCACCCAGUACAAGGGUCUCCAUUGGAUUGGUCCCAACAUCGGUCUCGUCCUCAUUGCCAUCGGUAUCUUCUUCAUCUUCGAGUCCUGCUACAGUUAUACCUCCGAUUGUUACGGCGAGCACUCCUCAUCUGCCAUUGCUGGUCAGGGUUUCAUGCGUAACACCCUCGGUGCUGUGUCGCCCCUGUUCGCCUCGCAAUUCUUCCACAACCUUGGUAGUCAGUACGCCGGUCUGCUCUUGGCCCUCAUUGCCACUUUGUUGACUUUCAUUCCUUUCAUCCUGUACAAGUUUGGUCCUGCGCUGCGCGCUCGAUCCAGACUUGCCAGCGCCACUGUCAGUGCUGCCAGAGGCGAGUAA